AUGCUCUACCGCAUGUCGGCUGCCCGCGCGGCCUUCCGCGCAGCAUCCAGCUCCAAUGCCUCUACCGCUAUCAGGGCCGCCAUCCCAGGCAGCGUUUUCAAGGCCCAAUUGACCUCGUCUGCCCGUCUCCCGGCUCGACUGACGUCGACACCAACCCUCGCCUUGGCGGUCCGUAAGCCGGUUACCACAGCUCUCGUCCGCCAUGCUUCGACUGUUCCACAAAAAGGCGAUCCGGCUCAUGGCAUUGAGGAGGAGGAUCCUGACAUGAUGGCUGGUGUCAAGAGUGAUGUGAAAGUCAUUAAGGAAACCUUCACUCUCGAUGAAGUUCCCCGAGAGGCUCUAUACUUCGGCCUCGCCGGUGUCGUUCCAUACCUGCUGACCUCAGCCAAUACUUGCUUUCUCGCAUGGGAAAUCAACAACAACGCAGUCACUGGAUCGGGCUACGUUCUCUCUGGAGAAACUGCUUCCUUCCUGCUGCAUCUUACUGAGCCCCUCCAAGUUGGAUAUGGUGCCGUCAUCUUGUCUUUCCUAGGCGCUAUUCACUGGGGUCUCGAGUGGGCUGGAUACGGUGGAAAGCAUGGUUUCCGCAGAUAUGCCACCGGUUGCAUUGCGCCUGCUGUCGCCUGGCCCACACUCCUGCUCCCCGUUGAGCACGCUCUCAUCACACAAUUCCUUGCUUUCACCUUCUUGUACUACAACGAUGCUCGUGCUGCCAGCCGUGGCUACGCUCCUCAUUGGUACGGCAUGUACCGAUUCGUCUUGACCUUUGUUGUCGGAGCCAGCAUUGUUGCCACUCUCAUUGGUCGCGAGCGGAUUUCCCAGAACGAGAGCGAGGAGCACACUCUGACCGACAAGAUCCAGGCUCUCCUCUACCUCCGCAAGAAGGAAAUCGAGGAGGCUAAGCAGCGUGCCGAGGAGAAGGAGGCUGCUCUCGAGUAA